AUGUCUUAUGAUCGGUAUCUAGCAAUAUGCAAACCACUGCACUAUGAAGCCCGUAUGAAUGGCAGGUUCUGCCUCCAGCUAGCAGCUGGGUCUUGGCUAAGUGGAUUUCUAGCUAGUUCCAUCAUAAUAUCAUUGGCUUCUGAACUAAUUUUCUGUGGCCCCAACAAAAUUGACCAUUUCUUCUGUGAUUUCACCCCAAUAGUUAAACUCUCUUGCAGCAACACCUGCCUUGUCACACUUUUGGAUAUUGUGCUGUCAUCUGUAUUCACUUUGCCCCCAUUUCUGUUGACCCUGACAUCCUACGUUUGUAUCAUCACCACCAUCUUGAGAAUCCCUUCCACUGCCGGGAGGCAAAAGGCCUUUUCCACCUGCUCCUCCCACAUCAUUGUGGUGACAGUUUUCUACGGGACCCUGAUGAUUGUUUAUAUGUUACCAAACACCAAGAGACUGAGAGACCUGCACAAAUUUUUUUCUCUUUCCUACACAGUCUUGACUCCCAUGAUCAACCCGCUCAUCUACAGCCUGAGAAACAAAGAGGUCAAGGAGGCCCUUAGAAAAGGGAUGUGGAAAUGUAUGUCUCACACAUGA